AUGGGCCUCAGCCCAGGGCAGACCUCAGCGUCUUUCCAGUGACCGCUGCCGGAGGUGCGUGACCACAGCACAGGGAGGGGACUCAUCCCCAUCAUUGUGCUGACACCUGGGCCUCCAGAGACCCACCUUGAACUCCUCCAGGCCUUCCUGGGUUCCAGACGGGCCGGCCACGGGCGUGACGCAGCGCCAUCUAGCGGACAGCAGGGCCGCAGCGUGGACAGAACGGCCGGACGCCCAGUCCUGGGCUGGCGGCUGAGGCACAGCCUCACAGGGCAAGAGGGCAUGCAACACCUGCAUCUUUCUGGCAUAAGAACCUCAAGAAAACCAAAGGAAUAUACGGCUGUGUUCUUUGGAGCCACAGAAAGCUCUGUUCACAUGGCAGUCACUGAAAGAUUAAGGGAGCCACAGCCCCAAAGUCAAGGGGAUCGGUUUCUUUCUCCCCUGUUUUUAAAGAUUAUUUAA